AGUUGGAUCUCCCCGAGUUUUGCUCUCGAUUGCGUUAUUGUUGGGCGAAAGCAAGUCUCCGCGGAUGGAGGAGAGGGCCGAGAAUUCUCCGCGACGAGGUCAAGGGCGUUGCCACGAUAGAGCUCGAGUGAGAGACGCGGAGGAAGGGCGAGGGAGGAAGACAGCUCUCCUCCCCCUUUCUCUUCGUCUUCCCCGCGAGUUGGAGCAAGAUCCUGCGCUUCUUCGCAGGGCCUUGGCCGUCUCCGUCAACCUUCGACCCGGUCGAUUAUUGGUUGAAUUGAUUGCUAGGAUGAGCGAAUUCCCUGCCAGUUGAAGAGGAAGGAUUUAAUUAACUGUGUCAGAUAGGAGAAACAUCCUAAAUUUUAUGCGCCAAUAGAAGCACUCUUGGGUGAUGCAAAGGUCGUGUACAUAGAUUUGCUAAGAAGUAUACAAGAUGGGUGUGAUAUCAAGGAAGAUUUUUCCUGCAUGUGGCAACCUUUGCUGUCUCUGUCCUUCACUGAGGACACGAUCUAGGCAACCAGUGAAGAGGUACAAGAAGCUGCUAGCUGACAUUUUUUCUCAAUCUCAGGAUGAAGAGCCAAAUGAUAGAAAAAUUGGGAAGUUGUGUGAAUAUGCGUCUAGAAACCCACUUCGCAUUCCAAAGAUAACAGAAUAUUUGGAGCAGAAGUGUUACAAGGAAUUGAGAAGCGAACACUUUGGCUAUGUUAAGAUUGUGACGUGCAUCUACCGUAAAUUGGUGAUUACUUGCAAGGAGCAAAUGCCUCUGUUUGCAAGUAGCCUACUGAGCAUCCUACAGAAUCUUUUUGAUCAAACAAGACAACAAGGAGUGCAGACUCUAGGUUGCUAUACACUUUUUGACUUUAUUAAUAGCCAGGUGGAUGGCACAUACCAGUUCAAUUUAGAAGGUCUGAUUCCUAAAUUAUGCAGUAUAGUUCAAGAAUUGGGGGAUGAUGAGACAGCUUGCUGUUUCCGUGCAGCAGGACUUCAAGCUCUAUCUUCAUUGGUUUGGUUUAUGGGAGAGCAUUCGCAUAUCUCAGCAGAAUUCGACAGUGUGAGCACAUUUUAUGCUUUUUGA